GUAUCAUUAGUUGACAACAUGGAAGCUUCGAUUGGUUACGACGAAUCUGAUGUAGAUUUGAUAUAUGAAAUUAUGAAUAAUGAACAAUUACAUAUAGAAGCUUCAAUAGAUUCAUCAAUAGAUUUUUAUGAAUCAGAUGUGGAAGAUUCCGUGUUAGAAGAUAUGUCUUCUAAUAUAGAAGCUUCAAUAGAUA